AUGUCUCAACCAAUCCCGCCACCCACCCUCCACGACCUCGUUCAGUCUCUCCCACAAGAGCUCUACGACGAGAUCUACGACCUGACCUUCACCCCAGCCACCAAAGUCGCCCAGGUCAAGAUCAGCCGCAAAGGCAAAGUCAAAAUCCCUCACCUCAGUCUCCUCCAAGUCAACCGCGCCACAAGAGCCCGCUACAUCAGCGCUCUCACCCUCACCGGCGAGGAAGCCGUCACGAAGAAAUGUGUCGAGAAGAUGCCCGCCGCCUUGCGCCGCCAGCUCAAGGACGUCCGUACCUUUGAUCACAAGGGAAAGCCACGGCACGGUGUAGGUCGUGUUUGCUACAGGCGCCAAUCACUCCACUAUCUGGAGCAGGAAUUGAAUGAAGGGGUGUGGAAGAGUUUCAGGUUCGAGAGUCAGGUAUCUCCUCGAAAUUCCUUCCGUCUCUUAUGA